AAACAUGAGCUGUCAAUCAGGGUAAUAACCAUCUUGUUACGAGCCACAAUCGAACAGUCACAUGACAAUCAACUGGCCACGGAUCUUGCGUCAACAAGCUGGAAAUUUCCUUGGAAAAGUUUUGAAAUAUCUCUAGAAUAUAACCUUGGUCGAGAUAGUCAAACACAGACAAGCCAUAUUUCUUACAAGAGCGUAACGAACCUCGAAACCGAAAUGUUCUGUAACUCAUCCUCGACUGAUACUGUGUUGUUGAUCUGCGCGUUUCUUGCCUUUUGUUCGCUGCAAGCGUCGUGUAGAUGCAUAAAUAAUACAGAUCAUUCGAAACCUGGAUGUAUCAAGAUUGACCCUGAUGUAACAAGGAAUGUAACUCAGCUAAUAAAAAGCCGCGGGUUCCCUGUGGAGACCUACGAAGUGCUUACCGAAGACGGGUUCAUUCUCGGCGUUCAAAGAAUCCCGUACGGAAAAAAAGGCGUGAAGACAAACGGAUCUAAACCAGUAGUGUUCCUACAACAUGGGUUACUAGCUGACGCGACUAACUGGGUCACUGAAUCGGAGGAUGAUUCUCUGGGAUACAUAUUGGCUGACAAAGGUUUUGAUGUAUGGUUGGGUAACAUACGGGGUAACACUUACUCACGAAAACACGUGAGAUAUACACCUGCAGAUAGAGGAUUCUGGGAUUGGAGCUUUGAAGAAAUGGCUGACUAUGACAUCCCAGCCAUGAUCAACUUUGCUUUAAAGAAAUCGGGCCAAGAACAGCUCUAUUAUAUAGGACACUCCCAAGGUACCCUGGUUGGGUUUCUCUCCUUCUCUGAACAUCCUGAAGUCGCAAAGAAAGUCAAGCAAUUCUUUGCGUUGGCUCCAAUUUACCACCUGGGUCACGUGACGUCUUUUGUUAAAGACGCUGCAUUGACGUUGGGCCCUGUUCAGGAACUUCUUCUCCCGUUCGGACCAACACAAUUCUUACCGGGGUUUCUACUAAAGCAGUUGACCAAACUAGGCUUCUGUGGCGGGAAAUAUUCCGAGAAAUUGUGCUAUGACGCGGCAGAGCUGAUCUUUGGAUUCGACGACAAAAACCAAAAUAUGACUCGAGUUCCGGUGUUAGCGUCUCACUGGCCAGCUGGCACUUCGUUUAAGAAUAUCAUUCAUUUUGGGCAGGUGAUCUACGAUAAUCAAACAAGAAGAUUUAACUAUGGAAAAUGGGGCAACCGAAGACACUAUCAUCAGGAUGAGCCUCCUGCCUAUAACGUCAGCAAGAUGACCACACCCACUGCUAUGUUCGUGGGCCAACACGACAGUCUUAGCGUCGAGGCAGAUGUGCUGCAACUGAAAGAAGAAAUCCAAAAGGUCGUGACGUUGUAUCAAGUGAUCCCUGAAUGGAAUCAUAUUGACUUUGUGCUCGGAAUGGACGCAGCUAAAGUACUGUAUAGGCAGAUAAUAAAGAUCAUUGAGAGUGGUCUAGAUCUAUAGAAGAAAUCUAACCAGUGCCUCUAACGCAGGGGGAAAUGUUUUUUGAAUGAGAGGGUUGACAGGAAGUCAGGAACGGAUCCAGGAUUUUUUGACCGCA